UCUUUCGGCGAGUAUUCGAAGAUCGCGGAAGUUGGUCGUAGGGUGUUUGCCGGAGACUGUUGCCUCGAGAUCGCUUGGUGCCCACGUAAUGGACAAGUCAGCAUCGAUACGAUAGCGCGGGAUUGGUUUACGUGAGAGAGUGCGGCGUCUUUCUCGUGACUUUGAUCUAAUUCAAAGUGCUUCGAGGGACCUCGAACAGAUGGGCGACGACAUGUGGAGGCUUUGGUUUACGAAAUUGCUACUGCUAGCGACGCUUCUGCUGACAGUCACAGUCCAGACGCGAUCCGAGGGUGACGUUUUAGGAAACAAUGUUAGAGCUUCCAGGAUAGAAAGGGAUGUAGACGGUAAUCUCUACGAUGAAUCGGUGCAAUACGGAAACAGGAAUAUUGAACGCAACAGAGAAGGCAUCGUUGAUGCAUGGUCCUCGAACGAAGAUGACGUAGAUAACGGAAGGAUCUACGAUGACGAUGACGAUGAAGCCCUUGGAGAGACACCACGGAAACGUGUGAGAAUUCGAGUGCCCGUGGUGCGUAGCAGAACGGCUAAACAACAUAAACUUACGGUCGUCAGACGCAGACCCUUGGCACAUCGUACCAAAGACUUUGCAUACGCCACGUUUACUACGCCACGAAGAAUUGUGGUGACGCGCGUCAGGACUCUCGGAUCAGCUAACUCAAUUUAUCCGACAGAUAUUCCGGACUACGAGGGUUACCAGCCGACCGGUUUUGGAAAACACAAAGUGACCAUAACCAGACGCAGAAAGCUACAACCUAUAUCACCGAUGUUGACCCAGAAUAAAGUCAGAGUAACUAGAAAGAAGUUAAUUGCAGUGCGUCCGAUACAACCGACGUCGGCUUAUGCCAUUAUCACUACUGGAUUCUUCACUGCGCCUUCCUCCGAGUAUGAUGAUUACUCAGAUGAAGAAGACGAAAACACGACUGUCAAAGAGAAAGAUUAUUCUACCGUUACUCCUAGUCUUGAAGAAGCACCAAAUCUUAUUGAUAACAAACCAGAUGAGGAGGUGAGUCUUAUGUCGUCGAUCGCCAGCUCCGCUGAAGAAGAAGUCACACCAGACACGCCAGUGAUUAUUACUGAUAAUUUCUUUUUCCCUCCGUCUGACGAAGAAGAUGAAGAAUAUGAAGAUGAAGAUGAAGAUGAAGAUGAUGAAGAUUAUCACGAUACGACUACUACGACUGAAAAUGCAGAUGAAAUCACGAUUUUAAUGAAAGAUGAGCAACAUCUGACAAUAUCUCCAAAGGACGAAGAUAAUAUUGUGUUGAAUAAGAGUGAUCUUGCGAUGCAAACAGAAAAUGAUAAUCUUACUGAAACGACAACACCAAUUACUACAUCAGAAAAGUCGUUCGAAGAGCAAACAGUAAAAACAAUUCAAGAAUCCGAUGCAGCUGUAAAUAUAACAGAAUCGGUUGCUUUGGAAGAUGGUAAUAAUACGGAGAUAUCUACGGAAACCGUUAUAUCAAGUGGAAAUGUAUCAACUACUGAACUCAGUCAUAUUGAAGAAGAUAGUGAUGGUAAAUUUACAAUAAAAGAGCACACAACUAUUGCCAGUUCUGAAGAACAAACUACUUUCAUGGAGGAGGACAUCACUACGUUAAAUCCCGAAAAAUCAAUCGAAUCUAUGAAUGUUUCUGAUAAGGAAAAUACGACGAAAAAAGAUAUUUCAUUCGUUACUGAGACGACAACGCUCGAUACGGAAAGUAAAGAACAAGAUUCAACCGAAACUCCUGAAGAUUCUACGAAACACGAUGUGAUACCGGAAACGACGAGCGAGAAUCCAAAAGAAAUAUUAACGGUGAAAUCCAUCCAAGCGGACGUCAUAAUUGACUCUAAUUCGACCCAGAUUUCUCUAAUCGGAACGGUCCUUCCAUCCGAUCCUACUAUCGCGAUCGCGCCAAGUUUCGAAAGUGUUAUACCGCUCGAGACUAAGAUACGCGAUACUGAUAUGUCGAAUUAUUUCGACGAUUCGUACAUACCCAGCGUGAUACCUCUCAAUGCGAAUUAUACCCGCGAGACGAAAUCCACAUCGGUCAUCGUAAGCUCCGUAAUCGAGACAACUCCCGCGACAAAAGUUACGAGCGAGAUCGCCUCGCCUACGCCGGAGGAGAUCGAAGCCGGGCUGGCAGAUGAUCUUUAUCUGUCGUUGUCUCGCCUCGAUUUCCCCGAGAUCUUGCCGUCGAAACCAACCGAGAUAGAGACUAAAUCUACGUCAAAUCUUGCGCUGGAGCCCAGCAUAAGCGUUUACUACACGGAGACGGUAGUGACGUCGACGCGACUAAGGACGUACACAUACGUGGUGACGCAACUUAACGGACAGGAGACUAAAGUGACGUCGUCGACGACCGUACGACCGAGAGUGACGACACUUACGUUGACGGUGCCCGUCACGGUGACUGUCACUCCUACCGUGGAGUCGUCAACCGGCUUCGUAUCGUCUGUGUAUAAUCCAGUACCCCCAGUUGCCGGAGAGUACGAGGUGAAGGAUGAGGAAGAAGGACGCAGGUUCAAUUUAGCGACCCGCGUGAUGUCGAACGGCGUGGAAGUCAUCGUCGCCGGGCCGACUCCGGCUCUACGAUGGGAGAAUUCGAAUGUUCAACCUACUCUCACCUUGUCAGAAGCGGUGGUCAUGCUUCUCCCGCAGGAUAAGCCGAACGAGUUUGUCACGAAGACUUGCACAACAACUUUCACGUACCUCAACACAAUUACCAAGGAUGGAAAGACUACCGUUUCCACGGAGCAGCAGGUGUUAGCAAAUACUGCGACAGAGGAACGGCAUAGAAAACAUGGUUCUGAAACCGCAGGCGUGACUCUGGAUGCGUCCCCGACUCUACGUACCGAAGUAUUUAAAACGACUUAUACGUAUCUGACUUUGAACACAGAUCAUCCGGAUGUGAAUGAUGCCUUAGAAAGUAGCACGAAAGUCAUAACAAACACGGUUACCGCGCCGCAGCAUUAUCUAGACAUGAUUCUCGAGCCAUCAGAAGCUUCGCGACCGGAAACUAAUACAUAUCUCAGUACCAGAGUGUUAGAAAAGACAUUUAUAGAAGAGGGUCGAACGAAAAUAGAGACGGUUAGCGACACGAUUACUCAGCUGAUCAUAACAGAAUCAGCACCUCUACCACGACCGACGAGUGUCACAACUACUUUAACUGCCUUGGACAAUACCGAUGAUAGUGUGACGGAUAUGACUAAGACGUAUUACAUCACGUAUACGUACUUCAAUACAUUUUUGGAGAAAGGUAGCACGGUAGUUCGUACGAAUGUAGCCACGUCGACAGACGUAGUAUUGGAGAAAGUGCCAGUACGAAAAACAAGCAUGAAAACCGCUCCAAUUAAUCCAACGCCGGAGCCUAUACAGAUCUUCGCUACUAAAACAUACCUUACUACAUUCACUUACUUCACGACGUUGCUGCAGGCUGGCCCAGAUGGUGAGACAUCAACAACCGUGACGUCUCGUUCACAUAUCGUAGAAAAUGUUGUGACGGAGUCAAUAGCCCCGAGUUUAUUAGACGCUGGAUAUAUGAAUGCCCUCUUGACAACCGCGCAUCAUUCUGAUCCAGUAAAAAACGUCGUCACAGGUUCGACGAUUAUCUUCUUUGACGACGAAGAUCAAAUUGAUCCAACCGCGACCUCAAAUCUCCCAGAAUCAAGCUCUAUUACAGAAAUAAAAAAACAGGAGAAAACUACUACAAGCACGACAAUUGCAACGCCUCCAGAAACGUUGUCGGAGGAUACCAAUUUUGAAAUAAAGCCUGCGGAUUCCAUCGAUAAACAGGAUAAUAAUGGUACUACGCUAUCGAGCGAUGAAGCACAAAAUAAACGACCUAAUAUUCAAUCUGGAGACGAUUCUUCAGUUAACAAACCUCUCCUUAGUCUGGGUUCUUUAGGAAUAAAUAGCUUGUCCGCUUUGGGACCGGUGAUUACAGCAAUGGCAGGAUUACUGCAAGGAAAAACCGCGGCUACUCGUAAAAAUGAUACUGUACCUCUCACUGAAACACAAGAAGUCACAACGCAACGAUCGCCGAUAUACAUACCCGUCGCAGAAUUUGCUGAUGGUGAUAUAGAAACCGCUGAAAGCCAAAACAUCGCUGCUCAUUUAGUAAAUCUCAACCAUAAUUAUAUUGCCGAGACACGCCAUAAAGUUACUAGUAGUCUCGCCGACGGUAUACCGAUAUCUCCGGGUGAAGUAAUCACCGCAAACAGCGAUGUUAUCAUAGGAAAACCUGGUAAAAUGGCUCCGCGACCGCCGCAGACAUUUUUAAAGGAUGAAAAGCAUAUUGGCAUGAAACCACCGCCGUUACCGGUACCAAAUAUCCCGGUACAUCCUGUAUUAGAGAUUUUGGAGAACGACGAUAAAGUACAAACUCAACAAACUAUGCAAAACGCACAGGUGCAAAUUCUGCCAGCUCAUCAGGUUUAUGAAGAACAUUUGAAAGUUCCGGUUUCUAUUCCUCUCGAUACUAAUCAUCCAUCUGCUAAACAACCUCAAAAAUUGCUUCCCAUUCAACCACCACCUAAGAAAAUUGCAUCAAAACAGGAUAUCUUAGAGAAUGAUCCUUUAUUAAAACCACCUGACAGACCACACGUAGAGCAAUAUGCAAAUCCUAAUAUUAAUCAUAAAGUUCCGGAGUGGAAUUCGGAAAAAUACAGAAGACCUUGGAGCGCCAAAGAUCCCUUAACACCGCCUUUAUCGCCUGCAAGAUAUGACGAAGUUCAUUCAGAUAAACCGAUUGAGAAACCAUAUCCAACCUCGGUCGUAUUACCUUCGGAAGAACAGAAGCGACCACCAUGGGCACAGAAAGAUCCUCUAUUACCAGAGAGUUCUGUCAUAAUACAGAGCUCAGAGCCAAAACCUACUGAGCCGAUAAUCCAUCAAGUCCCACAUGUCAUUGAUAGAUCAACAGGGCAACCUCUAUUAGUCAAUAUUCAACCCAGUCAAGUAGCUAAUGUCGUAAUUCCACAAGGUGGCACGCAAGCUCUGAUUUUUGGAGAUACUAAUGAACCUCAUAUAAGCGGCCAAUAUUUUGACGAUCCAUCGCCUUAUCCAGAACCUGAAGUUGGACCAGGUUUCAUCGGUCAAAAAGCCGAAGAUCUACCUCAAUAUUCAAACGAGAAGAAUCCAAUUCAUUAUAUGGUUCCACCAUUACCACCUAGUAAUUUCAAAUCUCCAAAACCAGGUUUCUCUAGUCGUCCACAUGCUGUAUUGUUGUCACCUAUACGCGGAAGACCGCAAGAAGUGUCGGAGACGCCUAUACUAAGGCUCGACAAGAGACCGUCGGACGUUCAUUUAAUUAAACGUCCCGACGGAUCUGGAGGUUCCAGUCACGUUCAUACAGAAAUUCUUGUACACCACAAGCCAGAGACAAUAAACGUUCGACCCCAGUCCGUUCCUCAUCCGUCCGUCCAUUCUCAUGCACACUCCGUCCAUCAACCACCAAUACGCGGCCAUUUUUCGAACGGCCAAACUCCGGAACAAGCCCCUCCGAGACGUGUAGAAGUCACGCCAACCGAGGUUCCACAUCGAUAUAUAUUUCUAGGUAAACCAGAUUCUGGAAACGAGAUAACAUUAAAUAACAAUUGGAAAUCGGACAAGAAACCAAUCAGAUUUGCGUUAAAUAAUCGACCGAGACCGCGACCUAUAUCAAGACCAACAACCAAUCGUCCUUUAGAUCGGCACGUUUUUGUGGAACGACCCACUGGAUAUCCAUCGAUCAGAAAACCGACGUAUUCUAGUCCCCAAAGACCUCCGAUGAAAACGCAUAAUACUUUUGUGUUAUCGCAUCGUCCACCAAUGAGUCCUCAGUCUCACCAGGAAUCUACUCGAAUACCGCCUAAUUUAUUCACUCUUCAAAUUGACAAUCAGAACAGACCAUUGCAUACUUAUCCAAAUAAGACCAACGUGGCUAACGUCGUGAUGUCGAAUUUGUCAAAUGAACAGAAUGAUCAAGUACCCACUGGAGCGAUAGAAUAUCAUAAUCCUUUAUAUCCAAACCCAACGUUCGAAGAGAACAAGCAUCCUCAAGUGUCCACGACAAAGACGCAGCAUAUAUCGCCAGAAGAUCAUUUUGAAAAAUGGCAAACUAAUACACAUACAGAACAGACGCUGUUAGAUUCCCACAUCGGUGCCUCGGAAUAUAUCAAUUAUCAAAAUCAUUAUCAUGGAAAAAGAAAUAGAAGUCAGGAAACUAACAAUCAGAAUAAGAAGGAUAUGAUAGCUUCUCAAAGCCUCAAUCAAACUCUGAAAUCACAAACUCUAUAUGGACCAGUUGUUUCCAUUAAUACGGUUGUAGGUAAGCCACUGGAAGUCGGGCAAGAACAUGACGUCGUGACUUACGAACGUGAGACAAAUGGGAAGCCAUUAUUGCAAGGACCUUACAAUAAUGAUCCCUACAACACGAGACCUUACGAACUGCCCAUUGUGCAAGGCAAGCCUUUUGGUGUUUAUAAUGGCUAUGUGGAUCCGACCACUCCUUAUGGCUACAAACGAAAAGAGGGCAAGCCCGAUUACGAAAUAGUUCACGGCAUACCCGCUCCUUAUAAUGAGGAUGUAAAAUCAACUACGAUUAAGAAAACGCAAGGCGGACAAGUCACGACACUGAACUCACUCGAACGCGACGAUACUAUUGAUCUAAAGCCACCGGCGAUUAUACCUCAGUUCGGCGUUGAAAUAGACAGACCAGGAAGGCCAUUUUCUAGACCUGAUAGUAGACCUGAUUCAAGACCUGGUUUAAGCCGGAUCAAACCAGAAAUAUUAACAAAACCGCCGAUUAAAUUAGAAGUUAGACCUGAUUACACUGUAAAACGUCCGGAAAACGUUAAACCAAGUACAGAAAUUUUUAUUAAUCAGACACUGAAUCAUGGAAUAAAGACGAAUAAUCUUCAGAAUUGGAACGUGGAUGUAGCGGUUCCGGACAUUAUAAAAUCCCAGCAGAAAAUAUCAACCGGACACGAUUUCCGAAUUUCCGAGACAAAGAUAUCUGAGAAUAAAAACAGCACUACGUCUCGUCCGAUCGGCAAUAAACGUCCAGGUAUCACUCGACCUGAGCAUGGAACGUUCACGAGAGUGCAUCCGGAAUAUCCCCACAUUCUGACGAAACCAAAACCUCACGUACCGGAACCGGUAGUCGUCUCGAGCGGUAACGCGGGACCGGAAACAUAUGGUCAUCCGAAUGUUAAGUUCUCCAUGUCGGUCGAAGCUACGGGUGAAGAAGUGGAUAGUAAGACGCAAACGGAGCGCCCGCCCAGCAUGUUAGUGACAAAAAAUAAUCUAUCGCAUAAUAAAAAGAAUGAUGAGACCUUGGACACGGCGUUCCAAACAAACUUUGCCUCUUCGGACUCUCACAGUGAACAGGAAAAGAUGAAGGAAACAAACGUUCCCUCUAGAGACAUGAUGCCACCGCCCCUGAACAUGGGAGUCGGAUCGAAUCAAUCGAAGAAAAAAGAGCAAGACGGGCUUAAACCACCGCCACCGCCGUCGAGCGAUGUGCUCGGAUUGUCGCCACCGCCGGUAGACAUCACUACUACUCAUAUGCCGGUAGAAGAUAGAUUCGCCAUAGUGACGACCGACGAAUCAGGCCUGAAGCCACCAAAAUAUGUACCUUUGAAAGAAUCAACUGUACCAUCAGCCGUACCGUCUCUACCUAGCACGAAUAUGGUUCCCCCAAGUCCAAGGCCAUCGCUCACGAGACCUUUCCUUGUAGAAUUAUUGUCGCAGGAUAUGGUGCCACCACCGAUAUUGACAACGACGAGACCCCUCGAGAUUGCUACUGUAAGGCCAGCUGUCGCGGUCUCCGGUUCCAUACAGAUUGCCACCGCUGUCGCGACAUCUCAUAUCCCAGUAAUUCAAGAUAUCGAAUCGAAAAUCCCAAUUAUUCAUGGCACCGUUGAUCUACCGGUCGUAAUCGACGUCCCUGAGAUCCUCAGACCUGUGGAAACGCGGAUGAGCGAACAUGUUAGCAUCUACACUGUGCGACCUUUUGAUACAAGACCCGUGUCUAGAAACUCCAUUCAAACGACAUCGACAUUGUCUACAAAUGUGGUAAUACCGACGAAAUUGCGACCACCUCAAGUGGAUCACAUUCAGCCAAGUAGAUCAUCGACAAUUCGCAAUGUCGAGCCAACGAGAUUGUAUGGUUUAGACGUCCCUCCAAAUCCUGUUAAGCGACCUGAACAUCCGAUAUUCUUAGAAUCCAGCCACGAGAGUAUGUUACCGUCAAUAAGAGUGGAGCCCACCGAAUCUUUAACAUUCAUCACAAGCACAGAAAAGAAACAGCAUUCGACGAUUUCGAACAUCAAGACGCAUAAACCGCAAGUGAUCGAAUACAGCAUCGUAAAUAAAACGGCGAACAAAGAGUCAUCCGUUAUCGUCACUAGAGUCGACAGUUCAAUUACUAAAGUAACCAGCACAUUGAUACCAACGCCAAGCAAUAAAACGCGUUCCACGACAAGCAAUUUAGCUACACAGUUUACGAAGAACGUUGCAAAGGCGAGCAAUACCAUCGCCAAGGAUCAAUCCAGCGCAACUGUACGUACAAAGUCAAAAGAGGUGACGCGGUACAGGACGUCGACGGUAACGAGAACUAAAACAUCGGUACUGGGUUCUCCACCGACAACGAGAACGCUUCUACUCACGCACACGAUGACCACGACGACUGUUGAAACUGUGACGGAAACACUGGUCCGUCCGACAAGCGUAGUGUCUACGGUAACUUCGACGAUCUUACAACCAAUCAUUACAAGAAUGCCUUCAACAUACGAUAAUGUAGCGGAUAAUGAUUCUAUAUUUGUCGUGAUGAGCGACCAGAAACCACCCGCGCCCGGGGCAGAAGAGGUAGAGGCUGAAUAUGGAGAAGAAGUAUCUCGUGAUGAGCAGGAUCCAAUGGGUAACGAAAUCCAUAGAGUACUGGCGGGUGGAGUACUUGGCGCGCCAAUAGUACCUCUCAUGCCAGCUGCUAAUAAAUGCACGCCGGAAUGUAAAUCGUCCAAGUCUGAGGUUUGCGCCGAAGCAGGAACCGAGAUGAGAUGUGUCUGUCGGCCAGGAUUUGCGAGAAUGUUCCCAGAUCGCCCUUGCAAGCCAACUUACACGUAUACACUGCGCGUUGGUCUGGAUCGUAUCGGCCACGAAUUCGUGGCGUAUGACGCUGCCUUGAACGAUUCUACAUCGUUAACUUACAAACGUUUAGUAAUCCCGACGAAGGAUGCCUUGGACAGAACUUUAAUGCAGAGCGACUUGAGAGAUGUGUACAGAGGCCUCAAGAUCGUCGGAUUUACUCCCGAUCCUACGAAGGUUGAGUUCCAUGUGCAGCUGAGCGACAACGCUAAUGAGACCAGAUUAAAAGAAGUCCUUCGAAAAUAUUUGGUUGGAAGUAAUUACAGCUUAGGUGGCACAGAAGUCUACGCUUCAAAGAACCUUGAUUUAAUCGAGGCGGUCGACUUUGACGAAUGCGCUUCCAAGGAAAAUGGCCCGCAUCACGAUUGCUCGCCUCACGCGGCAUGCUUCAAUUUACGAGGAUCUUAUCAAUGUUCUUGUAAAGAAGGCUGGGCUGAUUUAUCAGAAAAUCCGGCCUACCCUGGAAGGAUAUGCUCGCAAGCGCCACUGGGAUGUGCUGGUUGUAAUAACAAAGGUCAUUGCGUCACCAAUUCUCUCGGUCAAGAGGUGUGCGAGUGCUUCCCUUGGCACAGCGGCCAACGAUGUCAAGUUAAUCUCAAAGUUUUGUUGAUAGCUCUAGUGACAUCUGGUGCAAUCUUGUUGGGUCUGCUAGCAAUCUGUGUAGGAAUGACAUGCUUCCGACAUCCAAGACAUGAUCGGAAAACCGGAGAUAGACGAGCCAUGAUCCCCGGAACAGGUGGUGAUACUAGUAGCGAAGGUAGUGUCACUGAUUUGGCGAUACCUCAUCAUGUACCGCACGUUUUACCACCGCCUCCCCAAAUGAUAGCGCCGCUGCCGCCAAACAAACGACUCGUUCGUAAGAUCAGUGCGAAACCUCGUCAUCCAUCCAGAAAAGCUACUAUGGUGCCUGCAGCCACGAUACCAGUCAACGACGAUCAGCGUGAUCGCUCCUUGACGGUAAUGAUUCCACGUGCGAAAUACCGAUCAGCGCCACAGUCACCGCAAAAUUAUAAUAAGACCGUUAUGAGUACAUUUGCCACCGAGGAACACAAACUCAUAAAUUAUCUCGACAACGGCACGAGCUCUCCCGCUAAUAGGAAACAAAGUAUACCUAGCAUAAAGGACUGCAAAGAAGCUGAUUUACAAGGCGCAAGGAAUCCGAUGACGCCCACGGGAGCUCUCGUGAGCGCCGGUUUUCAGGUAUCGGCCACGGUAACCCGUACUGUGGAUGCUGAGUCCACCUUGGCACGUUCCUGCGGCGAGACCACUGUGGAACCAGCGACGAAGGUACUGAGAAGCGGAGAUCUUCAGGUUGAUCUCGACUCGACCUUAGCUCGCUCGUGCGGCGAGACAACCAUCCAAGCACCAACGAAGCUUCUUAGACUGGAUCUAGGCGAGGCUGGUUCCACACUAGCGAGAUCGUGUGGCGAAACCACGAUUCAGCCGCCGACGAAAGUCGCCGCCGCUCGAAGGAAUAGCGUCAAGGACACUAGAGAUAACAGGGACACUAGAGACAGCGCUAGCGAGGGUCACACUAUGGCUGAGCGUGAUUUAGGCAGCACAUUGAGACUUCCGGCACAACAUCCGCCACUAUACAGUCCGGACAGGACUAGCGAUCGGGAGUCCAAUUUUGAUUCGCUGUAAACGCUCAAACGAGAACGAGUCACGAUGGUGUGGGAUUGAUUGCGGACGAAGCCGCUGGACGGUAUUCUCCGUAGAUUUAUGAAUUGUUAUCUAUUAAAAUCUGCUCCGUUCUCAAAACACGCGAAACAACAUAUUUAAUUUUAUGAAUUCGUUUUAUUUAUUUAUCACGGUAGUCGUGUCUUUUCUCUUCUAUUUCCACUGCAGAACAUUUACCUGUCGUGUGCUUAUUUACAACUUUAACUUUGAUGCCAAGAUUGAAUGAUUAAAUUUAAUGUAUUAGUGGAACUUUUCAAAAGUCAAUUUGAUCGGCGAAUAUUUCUCAAGUUAAAAUUCGGCGCGUAAUUUCGUUUCACGACGGAAGAUAAGCGCGCGUGACUCAACCCCGUGCCAAAAUACAACCAAUGAAAUAAGGAAGACUCUUGGAAGAAGCUCUUUCUCAUCUUACUGUUUUUACUGAGAUCGAGCGAUUCGUCGUUGCAGAUGAUCGAAAUAUUAAUGUAUUUUAUAUUAGAAAAUUUAGUUACAAUGAUUUGAGAAUUAUUAAUAAUUUCAAAUUGAUCCAUCAACAUAGCUAUCAUGUUUACUACUAAAAGUACUUUUUACAUAUAAACUUCUAUAGAAAAUUAAAAAAUUAUUAGAGGUUUUCAUAUAUAGAUUCUUAGAUUUGGAAAUAAUAUUUCGAUCAUUGCAGCUUACCGUGCACGUGCAAGCAUGGUGCAAUAGUGUCAUAAAUAGUGGAUGGCGCCAAAUCGUCAUGCUGACAGCAUGACGAAAAAGCUCGAAGCUUACAUUGACCACGAAAGGAGAACAUUUUUUUUUUAUUUUUGUUGUUAUUGUUUGUUUGUUUAGUCUAUUCUCUGACAAGUUGUGUCAUGUUGCCCGGCUUCGUUGCAAGACCUUAUUUCGGAGUGAUCAAAUUUACGCUCGAGAUCGAUAAUAAGUGUCGUCAUAUUGUUUGCUCGAAUGUAAAUUGUCUGUGUUAUAUUACAUUUUCACGCAUUAUAUUCUUUUUAUAUUCUUUAUGAUUAGACAAAAAAACGCGCUACUCUCGUCAAUCAUUUUUUUAUGCAUUUAAUUCAAAUGAUAAUCUUGAAAAACAAAUAACUUCAACAUAUAACUGAGUAAUUAAUAUAUUAAAAAACUCCGAGAAAAAAGUGCAGUUUAACACUUUAUAUUCGAGAAAAAAUAUUAUCUUUCAUAUCACCUUUCAGGACGAAGCCGCGGCAACGUCGCUAUAUAUCAGACUCGAGAAAAAGCAAACGAGACGCGCGUGAUGUAUUUACUGUUAGCUCAAUAAAUAGCGUAAGCGGAGGUGUAACGAAGGACAGGUGUAUCACGUAUUGAGAUUCUCUCGUAAAUCCACGAUUUCAAUCGGAAGAUUAUGUGAGACGAAUUAAAUUCCGCCGAUUUAAGAAAUUACGAAGAUGACGAUGCUCAGAUAUCUUAAGUUUCGUUACUAACUUUAUCCUCUUUACAUCCAAAAAUGAACCUUUCCUCAUACAUAUAUACAUAUAUACAUAUAUGCAUAAGUAUACAUAUAAAUAUAGAUGUAUUAUCCUGUUGUACAUACUCUCUUCACCGGAACCUCUUCUACGUAAUGCUCUAUUGUAAUUUUGUAUACUUAGCAUGUACACUUAUACGUACUUUUAAUAAAAGUCAAUAAUAUAA